UAUUUUCCAUUUUUUCCACUCCCUUCCUUCUCAAAACCCUAAUCCCUUUUCUUCUUCCUUUUCGUUCCUUUUCGUUUCUCCUUCUUCUUCGAUUCAUCUCAAUUUUCUCAAAAUCUCAAUGGCAACUCCAAAAUCCAAAUCGGUCUUCGACAUCGUCAAAUCAAGGGAGCUCAAUUCCUUUCAAGUUCGAAAACGACCUAACAUGGAUGGAUGGGCUGACGCCUUUUACGAAAUCGGAGCUAUAGCUACUCAGCAUGAUUCUGAAGACAUUGUCCCCCUUGCUCUCUCUUACGCCAAGACCACUAAAUAUUCUCACAUUCUCGCUUUAUCUAACGAGGAAGGGUUUAUUAGCUUGUUUGAUACUAGUCGUAAAUUUCCCUCGCCUACGUGUUAUGAAAGAAAUGCAGAGCAAUCAAGGAUUUGUGAAUGGAGUUCGCAUAAUAAUGCGGUUUUUGAUGUCAAUUGGAUUAAGGAUGAUACACAGAUCCUCACUGCUUCUGGCGAUCAAACGGUUAAAGUAUGGGAUGUUCAAGAACAGAAGUGUCUUGUAGUGUUAGUGGGGCAUUUGGGGAGUGUGAAAUCUAUUUGUUCUCAUCCAACUAAUUCAGAUAUUCUUGUCUCUGGUUCAAGAGAUGGAUCCUUCCGUCUAUGGGACUUAAGAUGUAACUCCACUGUGAAGAAUAGACGUGGAGAAGGUAGCAUAUGUUCAAUUGCUGAUGUCAAAGGAGCACAUGAUCCAUCACAAGCACAACGAGUAAGGAGGUGCAAAUCUAAGGGUGCUUCCAUGAGUAUCACAUCUGUUCUUUGGCUCAAGGAUCAAGUUUCCAUAGCCACUUCUGGUGCAGCGGAUAGUGUGCUUAAGUUUUGGGAUACCAGAAAUUUAAGAAGUACCGUCACUCAGACAUGUCCUCAACCGUGUUCAACAGGAAAGCAAAGAUUGCAUGGUAUAUCUAGCUUGUCCCAAGAUGACAGUGGAGUUUUACUCUCAGCUUCAUGCAUGGAUAGCCGAGUUUAUCUAUACAAUAUACUUCAACUUGAAAAAGGGCCGUUAAGAUAUUUUGAGGGAGGUCGCAUAGAUUCAUUUUUUGUAAAGGCUGCAAUUAGCCCCGAUGCAUCAAACAUAGUCUGUGGUUCCAGUAAUGGAAAAGCAUAUGUUUGGCAGGUUAACAAGCCUCAAGUGGAGCCCACUAUUUUGAAGAGUCAUGAUGAGGAAGUUACUGCAGUCGACUGGAGCCGCUCUGACAUUGGAAAAUUAGCAACUGCUUCUGAUGAUUUCACAAUCCGGAUAUGGAAUAAGCGCAAUUAUUGUACCACACAAAAGAUUCCAUUUGCCAUCCGAAGAAGAAUUAUGGCCAUGCCUAAAGUCGAGUGCAAAAUGCUCUUGAACAAUGAAGAAAUUUACCCCAAAUCCAUUGACGAUGGCCUAUUAUCUGAUGUAGCUCUGCACAACCCAAUAAAGUCAGCCAUGCCUACCACCCCACCUAAAAUCACUACAUCUGAAAGCCAUGAAAACCAACUUUCAUCAGAAUUGGAUCUAACCAUAUCUCCUAAAAACACUCCAGAAUCUGCUUUGAAGAGUCCUUCAUCUGUAUUGAACCCACCAUCCUCCCUAAAAAGAACCAUCCGAGACUACUUUGCAUCAUCUUCAUGAGUCUUUUAGGCAAAUUAAACAAGCUAAAUUUUGUGAUAAGUAGCUGUAGAUAGUGAUCCUAUGAUAAAGGUGGCUUGAGCGGCUUGGAGUUUCUUCAAUUAUGUCAUUGGGUUAUUUGAAAUGUAAAGUUCAUAAAAGGAUUGGUUAUAGCAAGUCUGAAAGCUAAAAGCUAGAUACAUGUAAAGCUGGCAUUUUUUUGCUUCUGCUUAUUUGCUAGAUACAAAGGAUGUGUGCUAUAUUUUCUAAUGAUUAGCAUAUGAAUUACACUGUGUGAAUGGAAAGCAAAGCAUGACUAAACAUAACUUGCCUAGCUACCAUAAGUGAAUUCUAUAUGCUUUGUGGGUGCAAUGUACAGAAAUGAAAAUACUAAAGUUUUGACUGUUGAAGCUUGAA